ACGAACGACGUUUCGUUGCAACCGCGCGCGUUGUCACUGUCUCAUGUCGCUGUGAAAGUAUUCAGAUUUUUACCGAAAAUGGGGUUUACUACACUUGAAGAACAAUAAUUUCUACAGGAUUAAUAUUUUGUGUUUACUCGAAUAUAUAAUAUGUGAAUACUGGAUUAAAACUCGCUGGCAAUAAUGCGGAUACGGAUCUAUAUCAGUGUCAGUGUCAUCUUGAUAUUAAUCCAGAAAUCCACCUCAGAGGCCGUGAGUCGGCCGUCUCCUCCUGUCAACCUGUCCAUUCAGUGUGACAACUAUGGAGUUGAAGUGCGAUGGGAAUAUCCCGAUCUCAGUCAGGACGUACACUUCUUGGUGGAGGUGGGAGAGUCAGUCAAUCCCAAUGAAAGGAAAUAUGACACCACAAGAAAUCUAAGUUUAAACAUAUCCAGUAUGCUGUUUAAUUCAGCAUACAAUGUCUACUUCGUCUCUGUGACGGCCGUGCGGGGAGGGAAGAGUUCAGAUCCGUGCGUCUCCGAUGAUUCUUUCAGCUUCAAUAAACUUGCCACCAGCAAACUCAAGUGUUAUUUGGAUUUUCCCGAGGUUGAACUUUCUCCCAAUGACGGGAAACUUCACAUCCAGUUCGUCAACCCUCUGCAUCUGUACCGAAACACGCCGGCUCUGAGGAACCUCACUGAUGAUCUGAAAUACACUGUUGAAACAGAAGAGGGUUGGACAGAAUCAACCUGUGAAAUGAAGACUAAAAGAUGCGAGGUGUCCAUUGGGUUUUCUGAGCUCAAAGAAGUUUACUGCGUCAAUCUCACUGGACAAAUCGGAGAUAGACAACUCAAUCUCAGAAGAGGGAGCUGUUUCGAAGGAGACAUAAGAUUCUAUCCACCGUUCACCGUGUACCUGUAUCCAGUGCUGGGGGUCGUCUUAUCGUUGCUCUUCACAACCGGCAUCAUUAUGCUGCUAGUGAAGAAAUGUUACUCGGAAAUUAAGAAGAAAUCUAUGGCUGCGUUUCCCAAUUUUUUGGUUUUCAAGCCAACACAAACACACCUGUGCGAACCGCUGAAACUUAACCCGGAGGCUGUGGCCAGUGAACUGCACAUCGAACCCAAAGAGCAAACCACGUUAAUAGAGAUGUGUGGCGACGAGGAGGCGUCCUCCGGUGACGAGGAUGUGGGAGGCCGUGACCUGGACAAUGCAAGUCCGUACGGGGAUAAUGACCUUGAUGAAGCCGAUGCGGGCGACACUUCGAGUGGCUACGACUGCCCACACGAACUCAGGCUGGAGAUGAGUCCUGGAGAUAUGGUGAAAGCUUACGGGCUCUAGAGACUCCCUAAGGCAGGUCUAGAAGUGAAGGAAAGUCCCAUACAGACAGUAAAAGCACCCGUCUCCGGGAAGUUCUGGGAAAAUGACACAGGUUAUGACUGUUCAUACAAAUACAAGCCCUCACAUGACAUCACGAAAUGGAAUUUUCCUGAGUUUUUCCGGUUCGUGGCAGAAUUGAAAAACGUGUUUGGCUUUUGUCUUCAUUACAAUGGCACUCCUGCUUUCAUAUGAAUC